AAGGAAGAACGGAGAGGAGAAGAGGGGGAAAAGAAAGAAGAGGGAAGAGAAAAAAGAAGAAAAAUGAAAAGGAGAGUAAGAAAGGAACGAGAAAAAAAU